AUGAAACAAGAACCGGACGAAAAAUUCGAAAAAUUCUUAGUUAGAUUACGUAAUCAAUGUUCCAAAUGUGAUUUUUCUAACAAAGACAACGCUCUCAUAGACCAAAUUGCUGAAAAAUGUACCUCAUCAGACCUUAGAAAGAAAAUAUUACAGUUAGGAGAUUCCGCUACAAUUGAAAAAGUUAUUUUAGAAGCCAACUCAAUCGAAACUGUAGAAAGACAAUUAAAGGAAUUCCAAGUAAUAAAAACUGAACAGGUUAAUAGGAUUGGAACAAGAAUAAACAAAACCCGAACUCAGGGUACUCACACGGAUAACACACGGUGUACAAGAUGUGGAAGUGAAAAUCACAAGUGUGAUGAUACACGUUGUCCCGCCAGGGACAAAGUGUGUGACAAAUGUGGUUAUAAAGGUCACUUCAUGAGUCAAUGUCGAACAAGGAAACUAAAGCGUAAAGCACCCAAUACUUGGAACAAACAAAAAAAUGACAACAAAAAAACUAAAACUAAUGAACCACAGAUCAAACCAUCAGUCAGUGAUGUAAACUAUAUAUUUCAUAUUGACGAUGACGCUGAAAUAACUUGCCAAGUGGGUGGUGUCAACAUAAAUAUGCUCAUCGACUCUGGGAGUAAAAACAAUAUAAUAAAUGAUAAAACCUGGGAAUAUUUAAAAUCAAAAGCUGUAGUUGUGUCUAACCAGCAUCCAGGUUCCGAUCAAGUGUUUAUGGCAUACGGUUCAAAAGAUCCUCUGGAUGUGCUCGGCACAUUUGAAGCAUCAAUCGUAGUUGGUCCAGAAACGGAAACUGCGAAAUUUUAUGUAAUUAAAAAUGGUACCCGUAAUUUGUUGGGCAAGCAUACAGCUACAGGUCUCAAUGUGCUUAAAUUAGGGGUGAGUAUAAAUCUAGUAUAUACAAAGAAUUUUCCUAAAUUCAAAAAUGUCCAAUUGGCUAUUGCCAUAGAUCCAUCUGUGACACCCAUAUGUCAGCCAUAUAGGCGAGUACCAAUUCCCCUCGAAAAUAAAAUCAAUGAUAAACUUGAUGAAUUAGUCAAAAAAGACAUCAUUGAACCAGUAGAUCAAGCUACAACUUGGGUUUCUCCGGUAGUACCUAUUCUUAAGAGCGAUGAUACCUUAAGACUAUGCGUCGACAUGAGAUGUGCAAACAAAGCCAUUAUAAGAGAGAAUCAUCCUUUACCUACAAUGACCCAACUUCUCCCAAAGCUCAGGAAGUCAUGUAUCUUUUCUAAACUUGAUAUUAAAGAUGCGUUCCACCAAGUCGAAAUAAAAGAAGAUUGUCGGGAUAUUACAACAUUUAUAACCAGUAAAGGUCUGUUUCGAUAUAAGCGUCUGAUGUUUGGUAUAUCUUGUGCACCCGAACAUUUUCAGAAAAUUAUGGAAAGGAUGCUUCUCCCUUGUAAGGGUGUUGUUAAUUUCAUUGACGAUGUUAUUGUGUUUGGCAGUAACGUUAACGAACAUAACGAUAGACUUAAACAUGUGUUACAAGUUUUGAAAGAAAACGAUGUGGUCCUUAAUGAUAAAAAAUGUAUUUUUAACGCGUCAAAAAUAGAUUUUCUGGGGCAUGAAUUAUCUCCACGAGGCAUUAGGCCCCUUGAUAAGUACGUUAAAACUAUAAAAUCAUUCAGAGAACCUAAAACAGUCGAAGAAGUUCAAAGUUUUUUAGGACUUGUCAAUUAUAUUGGAAAAUGGAUCCCAAGAUUGGCCACCAUGACCGAUCCAAUUCGAGAAAUUUUAAGACACAAACUCUCUAAACACGCCGACAUAACAGAAUAUUGGAAAGAUAAACAAUUUGCUGCGUUUGCAGAGUUAAAAGAAAGUUUAAGUGCCCUUCGCACCUUAGGUUUUUAUGAUCCACACGAUAGGACACAAGUCAUGGCAGAUGCUAGUCCUGUAGGGUUAGGAGCAGUCCUCGUGCAGAUCGAUGUACAAGGACCUCGGAUUAUUGCUUUUGGUCAUAAAAGUUUAUCGGACGUUGAAAAGCGAUAUUGCCAGACCGAAAAGGAGGCACUUGCCUUGGUCUGGGCUGUGGAACAUUUUAACAUGUAUUUAUAUGGGUUAAAAGAAUUUGAGCUGAUUACUGAUCAUAAACCUCUCGAGGUAAUAUUUGGGCCGCGAUCAAAACCUUGUGCACGAAUUGAACGAUGGGUGUUACGGUUACAGGCAUACAAUUACAAGGUUGUUUACUGUCCUGGUAAAAACAAUAUUGCUGAUUCCCUGUCUCGAUUAUGCCCAAAUCAUAAUUCACAUCCCCAUGAUAGCGAGCAUCACAUUAAUAAAAUCGUAGAAUUUGCUAGACCAGUGGCUGUACCUAUGGGGGAUAUCAUUGAUAAAUCCAAAAGUGAUGAAGACAUUCAAUUAGUAAAAUUAGCUCUCUCUGGAAAUAAUUGGGACCCCAAAGUAAAUAACUAUAAACUCUUUGAGCAUGAACUUUGGAUGCACGGCGAUAUUUUACUACGUGGGAACAAAAUAAUCAUUCCCACGGAAUUACGCAAGCAAGUGCUCGCAUCGGCACAUGAAGGACAUCCAGGUAUUGUUGCUAUGAAAAGUAGAUUGCGUACUAAAGUUUGGUGGCCUAAAAUAGACAAAGACGCGGAAAUCAUGGUUAAAAGUUGUAAAAGUUGCACUCUAGUUUCAGGACCUAGCCUCCCUGAACCAAUGAAGAGACGCGAUCUACCUAUACAACCAUGGACCGAUAUAGCUAUAGACUUUCUAGGCCCACUGCCAAGUGGACACAACUUAUUAGUAGUCAUUGAUUAUUAUAGCCGCUACAAAGAAAUUAAGAUUAUGAAAUCUAUAACAUCUAGUGAAACUAUUAAUGUUCUAAAAGAAAUGUUUUCCAGGCUAGGUAUUCCAGUCAGUAUAACAUCAGAUAAUGGGCGUCAAUUUAUUAGCGAGGAGUUCAAGUCCUUCUGUUCAGAAUUUGGCAUCAGGCUUUAUAAUUCUAUACCAUAUUGGCCACAACAAAACGGAGAGGUUGAAAGACAAAACCGCGACAUUAUUAAGCGCUUGAAAAUUAGCCAAUGCCAAAAGUCUGAUUGGAAGGAUGAUCUCCUUCGCUAUCUCAUGAUGUACAAUAGCACUCCCCAUAGUACAACUGGCAAAACACCCUCAGAACUAUUUUUUAAUAGACAAUUCAGAGACAAAAUCCCUUCCGCUGUAGAUGUCGAAAACCGGCGUAUGGACCUAGAAGUAUAUGACAAAGAUAAAAUCACAAAAGAAAAGGGAAAAGUGAUUGAAGAUAGGAAAAGGAAAGCUGUAAACAAUGAAAUCAAUAUAGGAGAAAAGGUUUAUGUUAAAAACAUGAUAAAAGAAAAUAAAUUGACACCUGAUUUCAACCCUACUCCACACACAGUAAUGAGUGCUAACGGUGGUGAUAUAAAUGUAAAAAAUGAUGAAACAGGUCAAAACAUAAGAAGAAACAUAGUUCACCUCAAGAAAAUAGAGGGACAAUGGAGAAUUCACAAUGAAGACGGGGAAAAAGACGAUGGUGAAAUAGAAAUAGAAACGGAUGAUUAA